GAUGUACGUCGUAGCGUUAUUCUGCUACUACCAUGUUUGCUAAGUGAGUGAACCAUGGUCAUGGGGACUUUUUAGCUCAGUUUCUCUUGCUGUUGGAGUCAAUUUCUUUAAUAAAAUGACGACUGAACGUAACAACAAUCCCGCCUGAGCUUUUAAGCUCCUCUGUCCGGAGACGCCGUCCGAGCUUCCAGCGCCGGUCAGUGGGGGGUGGGAUGGAUCCUCUGGGGGCUCGCUCCCAGUUUGUGGAUAUCCAGUCCCUUCCGGUGUGGCAACAGCAGCUGAGUGAGGAAACCAAGGAGACGCCGCUGGACCAGGGGGACGGCCCGCUCGUCCACGAGGCCUUUCCCUCGCCCUUCCCUUUCAGACCCGACAUCAACCGCAAGAUCAUCCUCUUCACCGGGGACGUCGCCCUGCUGAACUGCACUGCCAUUGUGAACACCAGCAACGAGUCGCUGAGCGACAAGAAUCCAGUGUCGGACAGCAUCCAUCAGCUCGCCGGGCCUGAACUGAGGGAAGAACUCGUGAAACUCAAAGGAUGUCGGACCGGCGAGGCCAAGCUGACCAAAGGCUUCAACCUGGCGGCGCGGUUCAUCAUCCACACGGUGGGACCGAAGUACAAAGCCAAGUACAGGACCGCAGCGGAGAGCUCUCUGUUCAGCUGCUACAGGAACGUCAUGCAGCUGGCAGCAGAACAGUCGAUGGCGUCUGUCGGCUUCUGUGUGGUGACCACAACCAAACGAGGCUAUCCGCUGGAGGACGCUGCACACAUCGCUUUCAGAACAGUGCGCCGGUUCCUGGAGAACCAUGGAAACGGCAUCGACACGGUGGUGUUCGCCGUGUCCGACACAGAGGAGUCUGUGUACAAGAAGCUUCUCUCGCUGUACUACCCUCGCUCCGAGGAAGAGGAGAGGCUCUGCCUUCCUCUCAUCCCGGCUGACAUUGGCAACUCGGAGGGCGAGCCCGUGGUUCCAGAGAGACAGAUCCGCAUCGCAGAGAAACCAGGCAGCCUGGAAGACGAGUGUCAAGAGGAGAGCCUGGAUCUGGAUUUGGGUCAGGUGGGGAAUCACGCCUUUGCUCGGAUGGAGGGCGACGUGGACAAGCAGAGGAAGCUGAUCCUGCAGGGCCAGAUGUCUGAGGCGGCCAUACAAAAACAGCACCAGAGAAACUACAGUCGCUGGCUGUGUCGAGCGAGAGCGGAGGAUCUGUCGGACAUCGCUGCGCUGAAAGCCUUAUAUCAGACUGGUGUGGACAUAUGCGGCAGGACGGUGAUGGUGGUGGUUGGACGAAACAUUCCAGUGACCCUCAUUGACCUUGAAAAGGCCUUGCUGUACUUCAUCCAUGUGAUGGAUCACAUCACAGUGAAGGAGUAUGUGAUCGUUUACUUCCACACGCUGACCGGAGAGCACAACCACCUGGACUCGGACUUCCUCAAGAACCUCUACGACGUCGUCGACAUCAAGUAUAAAAAGAAUCUGAGGGCCUUUUAUUUUGUACAUCCAACGUUUCGCUCAAAGGUCUCCACCUGGUUCUUCACCACCUUCAGCGUGUCGGGCCUGAAGGAGAAGGUCCGUUACCUGGACAACUUGCCGCAGCUCUUCACCUGCAUCAAACCCGAGCAGAUCGACAUUCCUCCGUUCGUCCUGGAGUACGACGCACGAGUAAGCAGGCGCGCCGAGACCGCUUCACACGGAGAAAACGUAAACAGACCAAACCAUCCCAACGAGGCUUCUGGUCUGUGACAGGACGCCGGCUGGACCUGUUUGCUAGGCGGACGCUGUGAAUUCAGCCCCACUAAGGGGAACCUAUUAAUGGACGUCAGACUGCCUGAGCGGUCUGAACUCACAAACUCCAUCAGGCUGUGAACCACGGCGGGGAAAAUCUCCCUGUUGACGUUUCCCCGCCAAAAUCAUACGAAGAGAGUCGUCUCAGGUCAGCGGUAGCGACCGUUUGUCGGGGCAGGGUAGUUCCUGGAUUAUUCCCCGCAUAAAGUUUUUUUUUUUUUAACGUAUUUUCUCCAAAACAAAUAGAGUCAAGUCACAAAACCUUUGACUUCAUGUAAAAUCACACACCGUAUCCAGCUGGUAGCUGAAUUUACCGGCUGCAAGUUUCACUAUUCAAUGCAGUACGUCGCUAUGACAACAAGAGGAGCUUAAAUCUGUGGGGCAGAAAGUAACAUAAAGUUAGAGCAGUAACUUUUCACCAGUCAUGUACAUGUAAAUCAGAGGUUAAGUCCCGGACAUGAACUCUUUAAUAAGCUGGCAGCGUUUUCAGACUAGCUGCUGUCCAGCUGCUGAGCUGAAAUCUUGUUGGUCUUAAAAAACGUUUCGUGUUUGAACUGAAAGGCAGCCGACGAAACGCUGCGUCUGUCAGCGUUUAGAGUAAAACGAGUCAAUAAAUAAACAUUUAUCCCACUAAUUUUUUUUCUCCCUCAACUGAUUACUGCAGUUAUGCAAGAGUUUCAAUUCGCAGCUCUUCGUGUAAACAAAUGAAUACGAGGACAAAGAGGACGUCUGUUGCCCUUGUUGCAGAAGCUAACAUGCAUAUUUUCAUGAUAGACUUAAGUCCAACAAAAAAAAUAACUUUUUUUUUACUUAUUUCAUCCCCAUUUAUGCAUGAAAGUAUUAAUUUUUGGUCAUGUUUCUAGUAAAUCUCUACUGGAAGGCGAACCAUCGCUGCACUCUCCUGUGUUUUGCAGGUUUUCUGAAUUAAUUUUGCUCCGUUCAUCAUUAAACGGUCCCAUUCGUACAUCAUGUUUUUUAAUUCAUUUAACAUCCUGAUCACUAAUCAGAACCAAUCAAUGGAAAAUAAACUAAAUCUCUAGCUGAAGUAAUUGAUGCAAAGCUAAAACAGAGUGAUAUUUGCAGGAAAAAAACCUUAUCAAGAAUAAAGAGUUUUCUUUAGGGAAAACUGAGACUGAAUUGUAAAUACUGUUUAUAUCUUACAAACUGAAUCAGGUUUGUAAAAUAAAUCCCAUAAAACUACCUAUUUAUUUAAACACACCUGAUUUUUCCUUUUUUUUCCAAAUAAGUGAUUUUAUUUGUAGAAAUUCAACUUUGUCUCAUCCAUAAGAAAAGUACAGUUCACUAUUGUUUUCUUGCGUCUUAAACUAACUUUAUGCUAUAAUUUCUCCGGUUUUCUCAGUUUUCGUCCUCCACUGAUUAAACCGUUUUGGUUCCAUGUUUUCUGUUCGUUCGGUAAAGAAAUAGUUUAGAUUUUCAGACGUGAGGUUUUGUGAAUGCAUCGUCAGUAAUGGUUUUCUAACACUGCAAAAACACAAAACUUACCAAGUAUUUUUGGUCUAGUUUCUAUUGUAAAUAUCUUAGGACACCUGAAAUGUAACAAAAUUAACAUAUAACUAACUUUUGUUUUAAGUCAGUAAUUCCUUAACAUCGAUGAAGAAGUGCUAGUUCCACUGGCAGAUCUUGUUUUUACUUAUAACAUUUUUCCCAUGUUUAAAGUGAAAAAAGUGGAGCUACUGUAGUUCUUCUUAACAAUAUUAAGGAAUUACUGACUUAAAUAACUCCUAUAUGUAGCUGAAAACUUACAUGUAAGUUAGUUUUGUCUUAUUUCAUGUGUACUAAGAUAUUAGCACUAGAAACUAGGCUAAAAUUACUUAAGAUUUAGUUUUUUCAUUGUCCCUGUGUUUGCAGCAAACUGAGCAAGUCAGAGUUGUGAAAGCCAACAGCCAGUAAAAAUCACGACCUGUUUUAGCUCCUUUCAUUCAAAGUGAAAAUGUUUGUCUUUACGGAACAUACCGCUGCUGCUACGCUUUUACAAGAAACUAUUAAGUUUGUUCCCGCUUUAACAGCCAGCUGUGCGCCACGUUGCUGCGAGGAAUCGGAAAAGCAGAGGAACUGUGCUGCCUUUUGAUGCUGUUGCCCAAAUACAAACUUCCUCCUCUUGUCGGACGAGUCUCGGCUCAUCAAACGGAUUGAUAUCGGCUACAACGGCAACACAAGUUUGAGAACGAUUACUGAUGAUAGCCUCAGUUUAAAGUAAAAAUCUAAACUCUCCCUUUAUGAUUGUGGAGCUUUUUUAGGAUCUCUGCUUUUGUGUGAAUUUUUAUCACCGUCUGUUGGACUACAGCUCAUUUCUCGCCAUCCAGGUGUUUUCCUUUCGUUUCAGCUCCGUUGGAAAGGCUCGAGCCUCUGAGGGUGAUUCCCCUUCCUGUAAACAUCCUCAUUUCAGAACGGAUGAAACUCAGAAACUCGGCAAGAGAUUCAUCGUAGGAAACAAUGCUACCCUGCUCGUUUACGAACCGAGGGUUUACUAUAAUAUAGACGUAGCCUUCUAGCUAAAGUGUUUGUGCGUAUGAAAGGAAACGUAAAUGAGAAGAAGUGGAGGUGCUGGAGGAAAAUCCGUUAUACAAUCACUCGCUUCACAAACUGUCGGCAGAACCGGGAUUUUCUCACAUGAUGUUUAGCUGAGCCAAUUUUUGACUGCAGAAAUGUGAUCUUUUUGUUUUUAUAAAUAUAUCUGUCAUUUUAUUGUUGUUGAUUCAGACUGUCCAAAGCUUUCAGGGUCUGAAAGAAGUCUCUUCUUUUCUGUUUGGAUCUUCUUUUUUUAUUUUCUGAUUAAAAAUCCUAGACUUUCA